AUGCGGGUCGAUUGUUGUGUAAAGUUAAAUUAAAUAAGUUUUUCACCAAAAAUGAAACAUUAAUCGAUAGAUUCCACCAACUUUACGAAAUAAGUAACGUUCACUAGUUAAUCGAAAACCGGAUCAACCUAUUGGGGCACGUUUUAGCAAUGCAACGUCUAAGCAAAGCAGGAAGAUUAGUAUAUCUUCAUCGAACAACAACGCCAACGCUAGUGUCAGGAGGCCACUCUCGGUGGCAGAAUGUGUCCCUUCAAUGCACGGCAUGUUACUCCUCCCGACGACCGGGUUUCUUCUCCCAAGUGCUGGACAACAUCAAAGCGGAAAUGGAGAAAAACAAAGAGAUGAAGGAUAAUCUGAAAAAGUUCCGCGAGGAAGCGCAAAAACUGGAAGAAUCGGAUGCCCUAAAGGCAGCGCGGCAAAAGUUCAACACCGUCGAAUCGGAAGCCUCGAAAAGCAGUGAAGUGUUGAAGGAAAAUCUCGAUAAAAUUCGGGGGAAGGUGACGGAAGUGUUGGAUGAAGCGUCUAAAACGGAUAUUGCCCGCAAAGCGGGCAAAAUUACCGAAGAAUUAGGGAAAACGGCCAAAGGAAUGGGCGAAACGAUUGCGGAGAAAAGUCAAGAGCUGGGCAAGAGUGGAGCGUUUAAAGGUAUUUCCGAAGCGACGAAAGCCGUUCGGCAGGAGAUUGAUAGUCAAGGAAUUGCGGCAAGGGUUUACCGGGCGCCGCAGCAGCUGCGCAAGCGAGUCGAAAUUGAUUUGUCCGAUGCUUCGCGGGUGUUUGAGGCUAACACGGAAGCGAUGGGUGUUGAAUUGCACAAAGACAGUAAGUUUUACCAGAGUUGGGAGAACUUUAAGAACAACAACGCCUACGUGAAUAAGGUUCUGACGUGGAAGAUGAAGUACGACGAGUCCGAGAAUCCGAUGAUUCGCGCUUCGCGCCUGUUGACGGAUAAGGUGAGCGACGUGAUGGGUAAUUUGUUUUCCAAGACGGAACUGUCGGAAACCCUUACGGAGAUCUGUAAGAUCGAUCCAAACUUCGAGCAGAAGCAGUUUCUGCGAGACUGUGAGAACGACUUCAUUCCGAACAUCCUGGAAGCGAUGGUACGCGGUGAUUUGGAGGUGCUGAAGGACUGGUGCUUCGAGAGUACGUACAACGUUAUCGCUACUCCGAUUGCGCAGGCGCAGAAGGCGGGCUUCUUUCUCGAUUCCAAGAUUCUCGACAUCGAAAACGUAGAUCUGGCCAUGGGUAAGGUGAUGGAGCAGGGUCCGGUGUUGAUUAUUACCUUCCAGACGCAGCAGAUCAUGUGCGUGCGGGAUAGUAAAAACAAUGUCGUUGAAGGAGAUCCGGAAAAGGUGAUGCGAUGUAAUUAUGUGUGGGUUCUCUGUCGGGAUCCGAACGAGUUGAACCCGAAGUCAGCCUGGCGGCUGAUGGAACUGCAAGCUAGUAGUACAGAACAGUUUGUUUAGUGGUGGAAUAGACAAAAAAGGAGGAAGGGAGAGUUCGGCAAAGCGUGGGCAGUUGUUCCUUAUGUUGGCUCGCGUUUUGCAAGCGGGAGGGAAAGGCUGGUCAUAGAAGUACUCGUUCGACGGUUUUUGUCAUUUCAGUCGAAACGAAAGCAAGUUGUACUUCAGCUGUAAGCUUAUAAUUUUAAAUCACUUAGUCUUAGAGAAAGAGAGCCGAGAAUAAAUGAAUUUUUUUUUUCAUUUGUUGAUUAUCGAGCAAGAUAAACGACUUAAA